GCGGCGUCCCGGUGUUUGUUUUGACUCUACCUAGUGUAGCCGCUGAAGCUAACCUGCGUCAGGGGCGGAAGCUAGCAUGCUAACCCACCUAUAUGUGUAGGCGCCGUUAGCGAGUUAAUGUCCUAGAAAUGUAACGGCACUGAGACAGCGUUGAAGCCAUACUGAUUUGUACUGAGUCUCGUCUGGCCGGCGAGCACACUGACGGCUUCAACCACCCAACUAUGCCUUAUCUCUGAGAAUGGGAGGAAGCGGAUCCAAGGGCAAAGGUGUUUGGCCUUUCUCAAGCGGUGGAGCUGGAGGGGACGCAGCCGUCGAUGGGAACGAGCAGUCGCUGGCGCGGCUCAAAGGCUCCAGAAACGCAACACCGUUUGUGUUUACGAGGAGGAGCUCUUUGUACUAUGAUGAGGAUGGUGACCUUGCCCAUGAAUUCUACGAAGAGACAGUGGUGACUAAAAAUGGGAGGAAAAAGUCCAAGUUGAAGAGAAUCCAGAAAAAUCUGAUUCCACAGGGAAUCGUGACGCUCGAUCACCCCUGUAUUCAUGUAGAUUUCCCUAUUGUCCUCUGUGAGGUGUGAAGAAUUGCACAGGACUGAUUUGCCUUGAGGUGCAGUCACAUGAACAUGUAUCAGAGCAACGUCUUGUUCCUGGGUCCACGUGUUCGGUGGAGACUGCAACUGUGGUCGGGACAGAAUAAGGAGAAGUCAAGCUGUAUAUUGGAGAAAUGUUUUGAAUCCAGUCAUGACCAGAGGCUCCGGUUACUAAAACCCAUAUUUUGAUAUCAACAACGCUAGUGAUGGUACAGGUUAUGUUUCCUCCACCCAGCUGACAUGAUAGCAGUUUUAGUUGUUUUUUUCCUGUGUGAUAUUUGCAGGGAAAACACUGUUGAUGUGAAAAGGCUUUAAUGGUUCAUGCCUUCAGCGAGACUGAGAGUGUUAGACUCUGUGUGUGUCUUUGAUUGUGUUGGUGUGUGCACUUAGGUUUGUUUGAGUAAAUGUGUUAAGAGAGAUGUAGGAUGUUGAUGCAGAGUAGGAACAUGAAGGAUUGUGAAAUGUAUUGUACAUAUGGUCAUGUUCUGUAUUGUCUGUCUCAGUUAUCAGAGCUCAGACCUGCACUAGUGAACAUUAUGUAGUGUAAAUAAUUUCAUAUUCCUUAGUUGGAAAUACUUGAAUAAAUGUCUAUCUGAGCUGA